UAUACAAAAAAAAUAUCAAGCGCAUAUAAAACCUUCGACCACAAGUCAUCAUGCCACUAAUGUUUGCCUUACUUGCAAUUCUGUUUUUUACCCUAGUGUUUUUGCUUCUUACUAAGCACAGAAAAGAUGAGCCUGUUCAUCUUGCCCCUGGACCUAAAGGGAUCCCCUUAAUAGGAAACUUACACCAAUUCGACGCCUCGAAACCUCACGUCUACUUAGCGAAUCUAGCCAAGACCUAUGGCCCAAUCUUAAGCUUGAGAUUCGGAUGCGUACCAGUUGUUGUGGUUCAAUCAGCCAAGCUAGCCAAAGAGGUUCUCCAAACACAGGACCUCAACUUUUCUGAUAGACCACAAUUUGCUGGAUCCCAAAAGCUAAGUUACAAUGGGUUAGACAUAGCUUUUUCCCCAUAUAAUGAGUAUUUUAGAGAAGUAAAGAAGAUUAGUGUAGUUCAUCUCCUUAACUCCAAAAGAGUGGAGUCUUUUGCCCCUAUUGGUCAAGAAGAAGUCUUAAGGAUGAUUAAAAACAUCUCCUUGUUGUCUUCUGCUUCAAAAAUUGUUAACUUAAGUGAAUUGGUUAUGGCAUACUCAUGUUCGAAUAUGUGCAGGAUUGCUUUUGGCAGGAGGUACGAGGAAGCUGAAGGGUCAAGGAGCAAAUUUCAUAGUCUACUUAAUGAUGCACAAGCCAUGUUCAUAGCCUUCUUCUUUGCUGAUUAUUUCCCUUUUGGUGGUUGCCUUGAUAGGCUAAGUGGAAACUCCUCAAGGCUUGAAAGAACGUUUAAGGAUUUGGAUGCAUUUUAUGAAGAAAUUAUCAAUGACCAUCUUCACCCAAACAGGACUAAAUCUUCGCAAGAGGAUAUCAUUGACGUUCUACUCAACCUUAAGAAAGAACGCUCUUUUGAGCUCACCUUGGACCACAUCAAAGCAUUGUUGAUGAAUAUCUUUGUAGCAGGAACAGAUACUAGCUCAGUGAUGGUAGUUUGGGCAAUGAUGGAGCUAGUGAAGAACCCUCAUACUAUGACGAAAGUACAAGAGGAGAUCAGGAAUGUUGUACGAAAUAAGGAUUUUGUAGAAAAAAAUGAUCUUCCAAAGUUCAAAUACUUUAAGGCAGUUGUGAAGGAAACAUUUAGAUUGCAUCCUGCAGCUCCGUUACUAAUUCCACAUGAAGCAGUAAAAAGGACCACAAUUGAUGGUUACGAUAUUCUACCGAAAACAUUAGUUUAUAUCAAUAUAUGGGCUAUUGGAAGAGAUAGUAAAUUAUGGAAAGAUCCAGAAAAGUUCAUGCCUGAAAGGUUUUUCGAAACUUCGAUAGAUCUCAAAGGAAAUGACUUCGAGCUACUUCCUUUUGGAGCUGGCAGAAGAAUGUGCCCAGGGUUAAAUCUUGGUAUUGUUAACAUGGAACUUGCACUUGCCAAUUUGUUAUACUCAUUUGAUUGGGAAAUACCUGAUGGUUUAACAAAGGAAGAUAUUGACACUGAUGUGCUCUCUGGUCUAGCCAUGCAUAAGAAAAAUCCACUUUGUCUUGUUGCAAAAGAAACUUAAUGUCAAAGUGCAACUGGUUUAGAUGGGUAAAGCCGUAAAGGUGAGAGUGUUAAUAUCCAUGUAAUCUCAUGUAUGAUAAUUGAUAGUGCGUCUAUAUUAUUCUUAUACCUAUAAAUAUAAUUAUGGGUAAUAUGUGUAAUUUGUAUCAACUUUAAAUAAAUAAGUGGAAUGCCUCUUGCUCGUCAAAA